CUUUGCUCGAAAAAACAUUCAAUAGCAAAAGAACGAAAAAUCUAAAACACGAGUCAAAUGUUGCUCAUUCAUGAGUAUAGCUCACAGAAGUUUUAGAACUAAAUUUAUCUUAUGAUUUUUUCUUCUCGGUUCAAACAGUAUGGCGAAAUUAUUGAUAUUAUUCUUUGCUUUGGUGAUUGUGAUCAACACCGCAAACACAGAUGGAGACGACAGCAAAGCUGUAAAAGAACUAUUGAAAAUUGUCCAAAAGCAUAACGCAGCAUUUAAGAAAGGAAAGACUUCAUUCAAAAUGAAGGUGAACCCCGCAGCCAGGAAACUCUUAGCUCUAUUAUACAAACCUAAGCAUAUAAUGAACGAAUAUCUGUCGACAAAUACCAAAAAGUUUGUGAUGGAAAAAGUUCGGAAAGCACCCGCAUCCUUUGACUGGAGAGAGCAUGGUGCUGUAACAGAAGUUGGACUCCAAGGGAACUGUUCAUCAUGCUGGACAUUCGCCGUCGCGGGGGCAUUGGAAGCAUUUUAUAAAAUUAAAACUGGAAAUUUGGUUCGACUAUCGCAACAGUACCUACUCGAUUGUUCCGACUAUGCCCAAAUGGCAAAAAAAGUAGAAGAUAAAUGUAGAACAGGCAAUUUUCCACAAUUGGGAUUGGAGUUUGUACGAAAAAAUGGCAUAUGUCUAGCGGAUAGUUAUCCAUACACUGCCAAGAGCGGUAAAUGCGACAAAAGCAUAAAACGCACCAAAUUUUAUGCAAUCAAAGAUAUUAAGCAGGUUAAAAAUGAUGAAGAAACAAUGAAAGAAGUACUAUAUUCGAAUGGACCAUUGGUUGCUGGCGUGUAUGCUCUUGAAAAUUUGUUCGAAUUGUACGAAGGAGGCGUAUACUACGAAGAGAACUGUUGGGAAGGAAGAAUGCAUACAGUACUCAUCGUUGGAUAUGGCCAUGAUAAACUGCAGGGAGAUUAUUGGAUAAUAAAAAAUAGUUGGGGCCGAGAUUGGGGCGAAGAUGGGUAUAUGAAAUUAGCUCGAAAUAGAGACAGCCAUUGUGGCAUUUCAUUUACAGUUUACUUGGUUAAAUGAGUGUCUUGUUCGAUGAGUUUUUCUAGUAGUUUUUCCACCAAACUUACCUCUGUAAACAGUUAGAUAGACAAAUUCAAGACCAUUCUCUCUUGUGAACUGGAUUUAU